AUGGCCGCCUUCGGCGUUGACGUCUGCGCGGUUUUCAAGAAGCAGUCGUAUCGUCUCUAUGCUACCGUUUACUGCUGCAGCCUAGAGAGCAGUUCCAUCUUGGCCGCUUCCAGCGUUAUCGUCUGCGCCAUUCUCAAGAAGCAGUUGUAUCGUCUCUAUAGUGUCGCUUUCUGCUGCAACCUGGAGAGCAGUUCCAUAAUUCUUGAUUUUAGCAUUGACGUCUGCGCCAUUUUGGAGAAGCAGUCGCACUGUUUCUGUAUCACCCUUUCUUGCGGCAUGCUGGAGAGCAUUUAUACGAAACAUGUCUUGAGCGCUGAUUUCCAAAAGCAACGUCAAGACACAAUUGCAACCUGUUCCUUGGCUCGUAUUCGGCAGUUGCUGAGGCUAGGCUUGCGUUACACAUAG